AUGUCGGACGAAGAUGAUUUCAUGUGUGAUGAUGGUGAUGAUGAACAGUAUGAUUUGGAGUACUCGGAGGACAGCAACUCUGAGCCAGAUGUUGACUUGGAAAACCAGUAUUACAAUUCCAAGGCAUUGAAAGAAGAUGACCCGCGAUCUGCAUUGGACAGCUUUCAAAGGGUGCUCGACUUGGAAGGGAAGGACAAGGGCGAAUGGGGUUUUAAAGCUUUGAAACAAAUGAUAAAGAUUAACUUUAAACUGGGGAACUUUGAAGAAAUGAUGACGAGGUACAAACAACUGCUUAUGUACAUCAAAAGUGCUGUGACAAGAAACUACUCGGAGAAGUCUAUCAAUUCAAUUUUAGAUUACAUUUCGACAUCAAAGCAGAGCAAGGGCCAGGUUCCUGGUAUAAAAAAGUCGAUGGCCCUUCUUCAAAACUUCUACGAGACAACGCUCGAGGCUUUAAAAGAAGCCAAAAAUGAUAGACUGUGGUUCAAAACAAAUACAAAAUUAGGAAAGUUAUACUUUGACCGAGAAGAAUACGGAAAAUUACAGAAAAUAUUGAAACAGUUGCAUCAGUCUUGUCAGACAGAAGAAGGUGAAGAUGACCUGAAAAAAGGAACACAACUCUUAGAGAUUUAUGCCCUGGAAAUUCAAAUGUAUACUGCACAGAAAAAUAACAAAAAAUUGAAAGCUUUGUAUGAACAGUCCCUCCACAUCAAGUCCGCCAUCCCACAUCCUCUAAUCAUGGGCGUCAUUCGAGAAUGUGGUGGCAAGAUGCAUCUGAGAGAAGGCGAAUAUGAAAAAGCUCAUACAGACUUCUUCGAGGCAUUCAAGAAUUACGAUGAGUCAGGGAGUCCGAGACGAACAACGUGUUUGAAGUAUCUUGUGCUGGCCAAUAUGCUGAUGAAGUCCGGGAUCAACCCAUUUGAUUCACAGGAAGCAAAGCCUUAUAAAAAUGAUCCAGAAAUCCUAGCAAUGACAAAUUUAGUUAGUGCAUACCAGAACAAUGAUAUAAACGAAUUCGAAAAGAUCUUAAAAACCAAUAGACGGAACAUAAUGGAGGAUCCAUUCAUUAGAGAACAUAUAGAAGAUUUGCUUAGGAAUAUAAGGACCCAGGUACUAAUCAAGUUGAUAAAACCCUAUACUAGGAUACACAUACCGUUCAUUUCUAAGGAGCUCAAUAUCGACGUGACAGAGGUUGAGAAUUUAUUAGUGUCCUGUAUUUUAGACAGCACGAUUCAGGGUAGGAUAGAUCAAGUAAAUCAAGUGCUAGAAUUAGACCGACAAACACAGGUUGCCCGAUACAGUGCUAUGGACAAAUGGGCUGCUCAACUCCAGUCCUUACAUCAAGCAGUGAUUAAUAAGAUGGCGUGAGCCAGACUCUUUGCUUUCUGAAAGAUUCACUGAGGACUGCAACCGUUUAAUGCUGAAACAUUUCAAGUAUCCUGGAUAUCUGCAGGGCUAGUGGACCGUAAUCAUUACCCUCUACAACUUCUAAAGUGACAAUGGAAAAUGAGGAACUUGUACUUGUAGUCUACAAGAAAACGGCUUAGCAGAUUGAGAUGGUAUCUUGACUAUUUUGUAUGUACUACUAUAGUUGACAUGGGUGUGAUGAAGGGUGUGAUAGGAUUAAACAGUGUCUCCUGUAACGCCCCUGUUUUAAGGACAUUAAUCAUAAUUCUGAAGAAUAAGGGUUCCAGGUUACCGAGGUGAAAAUCCUGUAAGCUUGAAAUUUCUCUUGAUUCAAUAUUCCAUAUAUGAAAAUGGAAAUAUAUCUUUUAAUGAAAAGAACAAUGGUUCAGUGCAGCUCUGGAAAUGUUUUUCUCUGGUAUGACUGUGCUAUUGACAGGCAAUGUGGGCUUUCAUCAAUAUUACAACACAGUUCAGUGUGCUAUGCAUGAUUAUUCAGUUUCAAGCUUAUGUUUAGCUGUGUGAAAGACUUCUGGCAUACAUGUAACAGAGAUCCUCUAUUCUAAGUUGGGUUUAGGAGUCUAUAUGGUGAUGAGCAUUCUUUUUGAUCCAAAUUAUGAUGAAGGAAGAUGACCGAUCUGUCAGUGUGACUGGAAUUUACACAUGUCUAGGUAUAGGUGUACUUGGUUAUAGAUAGAGCCUUCAGGCCCUCGGGGGCAUGUGUCAACAUGGAUGUCGGUCAAAGGGGAAAAUCUCCACAACUGUUAACAUUAUGGAAGCACUUUGAUUCAACUCUACCACAGGAAUGGACACUUUGCAAUUACAAUGUAUAAAUACAUGUGCUAUGGUAGGAAACACUUAUAUACAUCUACCAUAAUCAGGAUGGUGUAAUGUUAUUCUUUUGGUCAAAAGAUUAUGUGAAAUGUGCAUUUGUAAUAAAAAGACUACAUGCAUUGUCACCUUUUUUUACAGCAAAGCUUUUUGACUGCUUUGCUACAAGUUAAGAUGUGUUUAUUGUUGCUGCAGUUCUGGUGAAGUGGAAUCAUGUAAUAUAGGGUUGUAAAAGUACAUUAUAAAGCUGAACUUGCACGACGACAGAGGACUCGGAUAUAAUGUGCUGAUUGAUUUUAGGUGAGACUUUAGCACCACCCGAGGAAACUUGGUGAGCACAGUAUGUUAUUUAGGGUGUGAACAGCCAAGUUAUAUACAUCUCGGGUUCAGAUAACUUUGGGGGAUGCAAAUUUGUUUUUUCUUCUCUGUCCUGGGCUUUUUUCAUAAUUGUGAAGAAUAUUACUGUGAUUCCUGUAUUAUGAAUGACAUGUUCAUGAUGGUCUGUUUCUUUUGGGAACUUGCGGCAGAAAUAAACAUUUAC